CCGUGUCUCACUUCUUGCCGCUCCGUUUCUCUAUUCAGAACAUCCUUUCUUGCCGGUUCAGGACUUGAAGUCCCUUCACGCUCUUUAGCCCUGCCUUCACGCUCUUUUCCACUGCCCUGCUUCCCCCACAUCCACUGCUUCUCUCACCUCCACUCAUACUUUCGCGAACAAGAACAAAAUGCUCUUUGGCGUCGGCACCUUUUCGCUUCUGUUGGCCGUUUUGUCAACUUCUUCCGCUUUGCCGGCGGAUAAAAACUGUACUCGCAAGCUCGAUGCUGACAUUGGGACCACCGCGCUUGUCGCUGAUGUGACUGCUUCCCCCACCAGCGUUCAAAGCACGCAAGGUGUUGUGUUGGCCAAUGUCCAGGCCGUUUCUUCAAGCUCAGUCAUCUCUGCUAGUGGAACUUCAGCGGGUGCAGAAACUGUACAGACGGCCUCUCAGACCAAUACAACCCCGUCGUCAUCAAGUGCAUCCUCUUUGGCCUCUACGAGUUCUUCAUCCUCGUCUGCCAGCAGCGACAGUCAGACCUUCCUUGACUUGCACAACGAAUUCAGAGCACUUUACGAUGCGGACGCUGUCACUUGGAAUGAUACUUUGGCGUCCUAUGCGUCUGAUGCAGCAUCCGCUUGCAACUUCGCUCAUACUGGUGGCCCUUAUGGAGAAAACUUGGCGGCGGGGGUAGGCGCUGGUUAUAACAUCACUAGUGGAUUUAAUAGCUGGACAAAUGAAGCGUCCGACUAUGAUUCGUCCAACCCACAGGCCAGUCAUUUUACCCAGGUUGUGUGGCAAAGCACCACUCAAAUCGGCUGUGCUGUGACUAAUUGUGCCGAUGGCACCGUGUUCACCGGCUACGGUACCGAUUCAGUCAAUAUUGUCUGCGAGUAUUAUCCACCCGGAAAUGUGAUUGGGGCCUUUGCUUCAAACGUUGCGGCAUAAAAGGGGUGACGGAUGACGGAAUAGUCGUUAUUUCAUCACGCCCGGUACUGCAUUUGACUUUCUGUAUUAGCUUGGUGCUGAGCACUUUGCUGAAUUCAAUGUCCAUUUCAUGAUUGGUUUGAUAUGUAUCGCAGAGUGAACGUUU